GGGGCCGGGCCGGGGAAGCGGAGGAGGCGGGUCUCCAUAGAAACCUCCACCUGUUUCCGGCCAGCCUGUGCAAGAUUAGGGGCUGCUGCGGGGGCCAAUCUCAGUCGGUUCGCUUCUUCCCGGCGGCCUCUGCGUGAGCGGUGGGUGUUGUACACAAUCAUCAUGGCGGCUGCCGGGGCCCCGGAUGGCAUGGAGGAGUCUGGCAUGGACACCGAGGCCGAGACGGUAGUCACCGAGGCGCCCGCGCGGCAGCUCAACUGCGUAGAGGCCGAAGCGGCGGCGGGGGCGGCUCCCGAGGACUACUGCGACGCGCGAGACAACCUGCAGCCUGCCCCUGCCCAGCCCCCUGGGGACUCCGCGGCCCAGGCCUCGGUCAGCAACGGCGAGGACGCAGGCGGCGGUGCGGGCAGAGAGCUGGAGCUGGUGGACCUGAAGAUCAUCUGGAACAAGACCAAGCACGACGUGAAGGUUCCUCUGGACAGCACAGGUUCCGAGCUGAAACAGAAGAUUCACUCCAUUACAGGACUCCCACCUGCCAUGCAAAAGGUCAUGUAUAAGGGGCUUGUCCCUGAAGAUAAGACGUUGAGGGAAAUAAAAGUGACCAGUGGGGCCAAGAUCAUGGUGGUUGGCUCCACGAUAAAUGAUGUUUUAGCAGUAAACACACCCAAAGAUGCUUCGCAACAGGAUGCAAAGGCUGAAGAGAACAAGAAAGAGCCUCUCUGCCGGCAGAAACAACACAGGAAAGUGUUGGAUAAAGGAAAACCUGAAGAUGUGAUGCCUUCUGUUAAGGGUGUCCAGGAGCGCCUGCCAGCGGUACCUUUGUCUGGCAUGUACAAUAAGUCUGGAGGAAAAGUGAGACUCACCUUUAAGCUAGAACAAGACCAGCUGUGGAUUGGCACUAAAGAUUCCUGGAGGGAACCGAACAUGCCUAAUUCACCUGUUUCUGGCCAGCACUGUAGGUAUUCAGUGUUCGAGAACGGACUGAGAAAUUGCCCAUGGGCUCCAUUAAAAAUGUGGUCAGUGAACCUAUUGAAGGACAUGAGGACUACCACAUGAUGGCGUUUCAGUUGGGCCCCACGGAAGCCUCUUACUACUGGGUGUACUGGGUUCCAACUCAAUAUGUGGAUGCAAUCAAAGACACUGUGCUGGGCAAAUGGCAGUAUUUUUGAAAGCACUUUCACCUCUGGCCCAGGAGACUGACCCAAAGUGAAGGACAUUGCGGGAGAGGCCUGCAGCAUCCUGGAUUUCAGAGUUCUGGAACUUUGUUCACAAAAACAAUCUCUAUUCAGUCUGAGGCGAUGUGGUGACUGAAGCCAGAGGUGAUGUACUUUCACCAUUAGCUUAAUUUUAACUUAAAAUCACCAGUUCCCUUUCUUGCAGUCAGCUUCAUACCAUUUUUAAGUUAGUACCGUGGAAAUGAAUAAAUCUGAAUUCCGAACAUGUUGUGUGGAAUACUCUACAGUCUGUUUGAGAGUAGAUCUGCCAAUUAAUGUUGAGAACGGAAUCAUCAAAAGCUUUGUUUUUUGCUUUUAAAAUGAUUUCAACCGAAAUAUUUUCAUAAAUCUUUGGUUGCAAACAUUUGGACUGCGUUGUGCUAAGUUGGAGUGGUUUUUUUCUUUCUUGAUGUAAAAUUGUAUGCAAAAUGAGGGUUUUAGUAAGCCAUAUUUUCUUGUCCAUUGAUUCAGAUUUAAUUCUCUCCCUUUUUAAUUUUCUCGUUUCCCCUAGGUUUGAGUUUUAUUUUAAAAACCCAAAGAUAUCAGUUCCUCUUUUGGUACCUCAUCCACGCCUCCUUUCCUGGGCUCCCUUCCACCGUGCUGCUGCUGCUUGGGAAUGCACGGGGGAGAGGAAGAGCUGUGAGGUCUUGGUCAGGGAGCUCUUACCUUGCCGUGGUGUUUGUGGAGCAGCAGAGAAUCUCACAAGUGACUCCUGUCUACGUGUCUUGCCCUUUGGACCCUAGCUUCUGAGGAGUUCCAUUACUGGUUUGGUGGCCAUCGGCAGCCCUCACUAAGCAUGGCUUCAAGAGCCAGGCUGCUCCAAAGCCCCAGCUCUAAGGAAGAGCCAGGUAGAAGAUAAUUGUUACAGCCAUAUAAUCCUAGAUGUAGAGACCUCUUUUCUUUGAAAGUUUUCAAGAAGUUCUUAAGCAGUCCAAUGAUUAUUUCAAUUCUGCUUCUCCAUUUGGUCCUUCCGCUCAUGCAUUAAGUUUAAGUGUCCUUUAUCCCAGGUUCAGAGGUGCUGCCUUUGUCAGUAAAAAGACAUCUGAUCUAGUAGGUUGGCCAAUGGCAUUUGAACAAAAGAAGUGGGAUAAAUUGCUUUCAUGAUAAGCUCAUCUUCUGGUUUUGGCCCUUGUGUUCUUUGUACAUGUGAACUUCUGCCGUCUCCUUAUGACUUAAUUGACUCUGAAAUAAGGGACAGUCUCUUAGUGGAUGAUACCCUUUGUGCUGUUUGCUGUUUCUCUGCUGCUGUCUUUGCAAUUCUCCUCUCAGUGGUUGCAGGCUCUUAUAGUAAGGUUUGGCAAGAAAUCUUCCCACCUUGACACUUUGGAUUCUAAGCUGUUACCCCUCUCAUUCUGUGAAACGUAUUAGCAUGUUUUUACCUAAGAUGACUAUUCCCUGUGAGCCAGUUAAUGACAAUAUUCUAUGCCCUUCCCUUCUAAGCUGUAGUUCAGGAAUCCAGUCCAUAUAGACAGACUCUUGCUUUUUGUGGUGUAGUCAAUGCCAAGUUAUGCAUCUGGGCAAGAAAAUCUACUCUUUGCUUUUUGGGGGGCAUGAGUAUGUAAAUGAAGUACAGCAUCCAAGAAACUGUUUUCAUCUCUUAAAAAAAAAGAGCGGUCAUUGUGCUUUUUUGUUCUUGAUGACCUGCAGUUCUUGGGGAAAAGAGUGUAUCUUGGCUACUUAUCCCAGCCUCCUGUGGUUGACAGGUCUACAGAGGAACUGAUCAGACAGCAACUGAAUUUUGCCCUUUUUGUUUGCCAGUGUUCUUGUCCUAAAGACUUGUCUAGCAGUGCCAACACCCACUUUUGGUCUCUAAAAGCUGGUGUUUCUGUCCCUAGAUUAGCUCUGAAGCCCCUCUCGUCAGCCUCACUUGCUCCCUGUGUGGCUCCUACCACCCUCUGCUCUCCCUUCCUCUUAGUGAGUGUGUGUACCAUCCUUUCCCUGCUGCCCAAGGGCCAAACUGCUUGUCACUCAGGCUGGUGUCAUUGCAAGAGGACCAAAGCCUGUGUGAGCCUUUUUAAUUUUCAGUAAAAUGGUGCUUUUUUCCUUACUUCAAUAUACUAUAUAUAAAUAAUAAUGUAAAUGUCAUCUUUUCGUAUGGAGCUGUUUGAAUAUUGCUUUAAAGAGCUCAUUGAAUCUGCUGUCCCAGUCUUGAGCUCUGGCUCCUGACUCUGGCCACAUGGAAGGCCUUGCUGGAAGCUCUUGGGACAGCAGAAGCACACAGCACCAGAAGCCCAUGGCAGAAAUGUUCUAAGAGCCAUGUCUGGAUCACAGUAGUCACAGCAGUAUUCACUAUUUUGUCAUUACAUCCUGUGGGCAGUCAGUCUCUUUAUAUAUUUCUUACUGUUUGGAGUUUACUGACUAAAUCUGUGUAAGCAAAUUGAAAUACUCUUCCCUUUAGGUAGCAUCAUAGGGUUUAUUUUUUUCCUCAGGAUUAUUUCUGUACAGUUCUGUCACUGUCUGUGAAAAGGGAACCAGAACUUCCCCUACCUGUGACAGGGGGCAUGCAGGGAGAUAAAGGAAGAGCUGCCUCCCCCAUAGGGCCUCUCGACAGGCAGUGUUACCAGAAGUGAGGAAUGGAAGUAACUUGCCCACGCUGAGGUUAGCCUGGGUAUUAUUUCUCCAGAGCCGCCUCAUGAUGGGCUUCUUUCCCAUCUACAGUUAGUACUGGUGAUCCUCCUGCAGGGAUUCACUCACAGACAUCUUUCCCUUAUUUCCUUCCCUGAGGUGACUUGGCAGAAUAAUGUGACAACAUAAUUAAUCCCUGCUGAGCCAGGUCCUCUCAGCACCCUUUUCAUGAGUCAGGUCAGAGAAUUUAGGUUUGUGAGUUGCUGGAACUCUUUGGUAUGAAGUAUUUUAAUCCAUGAUGGGCCUUUUGCAAAUAGUGUCUGCUCUUUUUAAAUGAAGUUUAAGUGAGCUAAGGAUGCACUUUCUUAUAAUCUUGUGGACAGAAUAGGGGCCCAAAUGAGACCCUCAACAGGCUUCUUAGUUGCUGCUUUACCUUAUAAGGGCCAAAGAGAUUAACUUUGCCACUCCUCAGAGAAGUUGCCAUAUUUCACCCAGAAGGGACUUGUUUUCCUCAUAUCAUUUAACCAUGUGCCUGGAGGAGCUGUGUGUGCUCUUGCAUCUGGCCCACCCUUUCUCUGCCAGGAACUGAGAAAGGUAAGAGGAUAGAUUCAGUGUGCCAGGAGGCAGGCCAUGCAAGGGCAGGCUUGUUUCCCACACAUUUGCUGAGGGAGACCUUUCUCCUGCUCCUUGCUUCUGUUCAUGCCUGAUGUCUUGGAAAAGGAUAGUCCCUUUUUGUCUUAAGGCAAAGUAAUCUGCAGUUAGGAUGGCAUCUGUUUCCUUUGUAAUAGGGUCUAGCAGCCUAUCUGAAGUAUUGGGUGGUCAGGAGCCCUAUGACAUGCAGAACAUCUGGUAGAUCUACCUGCCAGGCUGGGUGGUUUUACUGCUUUCUAACUUUCUAAGAACCUUUUUUUUCCUAAAGAUUCUGCAGUUAUUUGACAAAUAUAUGUAAGUAUCAUGUUUCCUUGUGGUGUAUGCUCUGUUCUGGUUUGUUUUUAAAUCAAAUCGCCUGUUUGGGAGGAGAAGAACGUAUUAGUCUAUUAGAUUUGCGCUGCUGGAUUUUUUUUAAAAGUGUAACCUUGACUAGCUGUCUUUAUUGUUCAUUCUGUAAGAUUAGUCUAUCAAUUAAAGUUUGAUAAUUAA